CGCCUCUCCGGCCACUUCGGUUCGCCAGUGUGAGUGUUCAGGCAGCGUCGGCGAGCGCGCCCGACAGCCCUUCCCUUCUUCAGCCACCUUUCUUCUUGGCUUCUCCCCUCGAGUGCUGUCCGCGGCGUGUCGCUGCGGACCGCCCUUGCGAGCACGCAGACGUGCCUCCGUGCGGAUAAGUGCUGUGCUUUCCAUUUGGUGCGAGCCGUUUGCUACGUUUCUUGCGACACCUGCGGCCCUUAAGCUCUCUCAAUCAUGUCUGAUGACGAGGAUGUCUACUCGGAAGAGGAGGAGGAGGUUGAGGUGCCCAGAAAGAGCAUUGUGGGAGAUCAACCUCAAGGAGACCCUGAAUUCAUUAAGCGUCAAGAACAAAAGAGCUCUGCCCUUGAUGAGCAACUCAAGGAAUACAUUGCAGAAUGGCGCAAGCAAAGGUCAAAGGAGGAAGACGAGCUGAAGAGGUUGAAGGAGAAACAGGCUAAGCGCAAGGUCAUGCGAGCAGAUGAGGAGAAGCGCCUGGCCGAGCGCAAGAAGCAAGAGGAGGAGAGGAGGCAACGGGAAAUUGAGGAAAAGAAACAACGGGACAUUGAAGAGAAGAGACGCCGUCUGGAGGAGGCUGAGAGGAAACGUCAAGCCAUGAUGCAAGCCAUGAAGGAGCAGAACAAGAAGGGUCCAAACUUCACCAUCACCAAGAAGGAUCAAUCUUUCAACUUGUCAUCAGCUCAGAUUGAGAGGAACAAGACCAAGGAACAACUGGAAGAAGAGAAGAAGAUCUCCCUGAGCUUCCGCAUCAAGCCCCUGGAAAUUGAGGGCCUGAGUGUUGAUAAGCUGCGUAACAAGGCUACUGAACUGUGGGAAGCCAUUGUAAAACUGGAAACUGAGAAGUAUGAUCUGGAGGAGAGGCAGAAGAGACAAGAUUACGAUCUGAAAGAGUUGAAGGAAAGACAAAAGCAGCAGCUGAGGCACAAAGCUUUGAAGAAGGGACUGGACCCCGAGGCUCUUACUGGCAAGUACCCUCCCAAGAUCCAAGUUGCCUCCAAAUAUGAACGGCGUGUGGACACAAGAUCGUAUGAUGACAAGAAGAAGCUCUUUGAAGGAGGCUGGGCCACAUUAAGUUCAGAGGUUAAUGAGAAAGUAUGGAAAUCCAAGUAUGAAGUGUUUACCAAUCGAACAAAGUCCAAGCUGCCCAAGUGGUUCGGUGAGAGGCCCGGCAAGAAGAAGGGUGACCCCGAGAGCCCGGAGGAGGAGGAGGUGAAGGUCCCUGGUGCUGAAGAUGAUCUGGAUGAACCCACCUUUGAACCUGAGCCUGAGCCAGAGCCUGAAGAGGAGGAAGUAGAAGAGGAAGAGGAGGAGGAAGAAGAGGAGGAGGAAGAGGAGGAAGAAGAGGAGGAAGAGGAAUAAGCUGAUGCACAUCCCUUCAUUUUUAAUGAUGGAAAAACAUCAAUGUGCUGGAGCAUAAAGCAGUUUUCUGCAGUACAAACACAAUGCUACCAGAUAUCUUGAUAAACUGCCAUUGACAUCUGGCUCAGGAUUGUCUUUAUAUUUUCAGUUUUUGUGACACUAUAUGUGAAGUUAAACCACCAAAAUGUUGAACAGAAUUUACAUAUAUAUAAUUUUGAAUUCAAUAACUGGAAAUAAAUUGAUUAUUACAACAAAGAUAAUUUUUCUUCUUCUUAAGAUAUAAAACAAUAUAAUAUUGAAUUAUUGUUUCUGUUCCCUGUCUGUGAUGUAUAAAUGUGGAAAAUAUAUUAUUUCAUAUUUGGAAUAUUAGCAUAAUCAAAAUAUGUGUAUCAUUUACACUUUGUACUAUUAGUGUUACAUUACUAAAUAAUACUAGAAAUAUGAACCAUCCUUUAUAUUUUAAAUUUGAUUCAUAUAAUAUAUUUGAUUUAGGUAUGUAGAAACUAAAGGAAAUAUAUACCAAACAUGAAAAAGUUUAAUAAAAUAAUGUUCACGUUAUCAGUUAUCUUUAUAGGGAACAAAAGCAUUCCUUGAAAACCAAUUACACAAAAUUUGAAAAUACUAUUAUAAAUUGUUCUCUUAUUAAUAAAGAAUAAUUGAUACU